UCUUCCACUCACUCCACCAGCGAUGCCACGGCUGUUCAGAUGCCUGCCAUCAAAAAGCGCUACGAAUGUAAGACCUGUGGGAAGGCCUUUAGAAAUUCUUCAUGCCUUGGUAAUCAUGUUCGGACGCACACUGGGGAGAAACCCUACGAAUGCAAAGAAUGUGGAAAAGCCUUCACUACAUCGUCAAGUCUAACUGAACAUUUCAGGAUUCACACUGGAGAGAAACCCUAUAAAUGUAAGGACUGUGGGAAGGCCUUCACCAAGCGCUCAGGGCUCACGACACACAUGCUGACACACACUGGACAGAAGCCCUACGAGUGCCGGGAGUGUGGGAAAGCCUUCACUUCCUCCUCGUGCCUUACCCUGCACGUGAGGACUCACACUGGAGAGAGACCCUAUACAUGUAAGGAGUGUGGCAAAGCCUUCCACGCGUCCUCGUACCUGCGUAAACAUGCACGAAUUCACACGGGAGAGAAACCCUAUGAAUGUAAGGAGUGUGGGAAAGCCUACAAAAGAUGUUACCUGCUAACUGAACAUCUGAAAACUCACACGGUAGAAAAGCCCUUUCAAUGUAAGCUAUGUGGAAAAUUCUUUCGAAGCUCAGCGUGCCGUAAUAAACACAUUCGAAUUCACACGGGGAUCAAACCCUACAAAUGUCAGUACUGUGAGAAAGCCUUCACGGUUUCUUCGAGCCUAACUGAACAUAUCAGAACUCACACUGGAGAGAGGCCCUAUGAAUGUACGGAAUGUGGGAAAUCCUUCACCACGUCGUCCAGCCUUAUUGUACAUAAAAGGACUCACACAGGGGAGAAGCCCUACGGGUGCAAGGAGUGCGGGAAGUCAUACAAAAGGAGUUAUCUGCUAACGGAACAUCUGAAAACUCAUACAGGGGAGAAGCCCUUUAAGUGUAGCCUGUGUGGGAAAUUCUUCCGAAGCUCCUUAUGCCUUACUAAGCACGUUCGUGUUCACAGUGGAAUAAAACCCUAUAAAUGCAAAGACUGCGGGAAAGCCUUCACGGUUUCUUCCAGCCUGUCUCAGCACGUCAGAACUCACACUGGAGAGAAGCCCUAUGGCUGUAAAGAAUGUGGGAAAGCCUUCACCACGUCCUCAAACCUUUAUCACCACGAAAGAAUUCACACAAGGGAGAAACCCUACAAUGUCAGGAAUGCGGGAAGACAUACAGUAGAUUUUACCUACUGACAGAACAUUUAAUAACUCACACUGAAGAAAAAACUCUUGAAUGGAAGGAAGGCUGAGCACCCUUCAGGAGUUUCUCAUGCCUUACCACUUGA